AUAAGACUAAAUUAAUGAUAACCAAGUUGAAAGGUUGAACAAAAUAUCAAAAUAUUAAGAGGGGACUGUUUUCGACUACAGAAAUCCAAUAUUUUGACAAAAUAAGUAUAUUUGUGGAAAAGAACAUGAAAAGAAAAAAUUGUAUUCGAAAAUUUGACGUUAUAGUGUUCAUCCUUUUUAAUGUUUUAUGUGUAAUAGCAUUAGCACGGGGUGAGUGUGUAGAAGAAUGCGCCAGUUUAGAAAAGACCUCACAAAGUGAUAAUAUUAGUGAUGUUAGUGAUACUGAUUAUACAUCAUUGGUGAGCUUUACAAGUGAAAUUGAUGUUUUCAAACAUCUUAAUGAUACUGAGCUUCUAAGGUUUGCUACACCGUGUGAGACCCCAAACCACGAAGUAGCAUAUUGCCAGCAAAUAUCCACUUGUCCAAUACUAGAUGCCGUAAAGGGCAAAAUAAAAUAUGAGGAUUUUGUAACAGCAUCAAAAUGUGGACCAACAAACGAGAAUCCAAAAAAUUUUAAAGUUUGCUGCGGAAAAUACAACAACUUUAGGAACUCUAACACCAAACAGGGUUCGAAUAAAAUCACUACAACAACUUCGAUACCAGAAAUUGUUUUUGCUUUACCCCAACAAUGUGGUACCCAAAGACGCAUAAUGAGAGGAAGGAUUGUGGGUGGCACCGAAGCUGUCCUUGGAGAAUACCCUUGGAUGGCCAGGAUAAUCCAUAAAAAUAAAUACGGCCACAAAAGUUACGGUUGCGCAGGUUUUUUGAUACAUCCCAAAUAUGUUGCUACUGCUGCUCAUUGCAUCAAGUCUGACUCAAUUCAGACUAGAGGAGAGCCGUAUUCUGUAUUGCUUGGUGAACACAAUGUUACCACAUUAAUUGAUUGCUCUCCAGGUGGUACUUUUUGUGCGGAAAAAACUCAAGCAAAAAGAAUAAGUAAAGUUAUUGUACACGAGAAUUAUAGUAAAACUUCGAAAAAUCAUCAUAAUGAUAUUGCUUUAAUUUCCUUAAACAGUGCUGUACGACUUUCAGAAUAUGUUCAGCCGAUAUGUUUGUUAGAUGAAGAGGCACCAGAGGUUAAAAAAUAUUACAUUAGUGGUUGGGGUAAAACCGAAACUGAACAAUCCAGUAAGGUAAAGUUGAGGGUUGACUUAGUGCCUUAUGAAAGAGAGCGUUGCAAAGAUCAGUUCCAAGUGCUCGACUUGGAAAUCAAUGAAUCACAAAUUUGUGCCGGUGGUGAAAAAUCGAAAGAUAGUUGUAAUGGUGAUUCGGGAGGCCCCUUAAUGAUUACCAAUGGUACUCAUCAUUUUGCUUCUGGACUAGUAAGCUAUGGCGUUGGAUGUGGUAUGCAGAAUUGGCCUGGAGUCUACACUAGUGUACCCUACUAUGUGAACUGGAUCAAAAAGCACAUGGUUGAAAUAAAUACAAGAUCACGUAAAAUUAAAAAGCACAGGAAAAAAAAUAAAAUUUUGUUCACUGGUUUUACUGAUGAGCAAACUCAGACUAGUAUUUAAAUGUGUGAAAAUAUUAAACUACCUAUUACUUUUUUCUCAAAGCUGAAAGAUUAACAGUUAAAAAAUGUUUUCAAAGGAAUUUUAUUUAUUUUGCUUCUGUUAGAGUUAUAAUAGGAAUAUUUCCUGAUUCAACUUCAAAUGUGAAACAAAAAUAUUAUAUAUGCCACGAAGGAAUAAACAUAGAAAUUAAACUAGGUAUACAUU